AUGAAUUCUUCACAAAGCUCAUUUACAGAUCUUAAUAAUUGGGCUUUAUUUUACUAGAAUCUCUAACUAAUAGAACCAGAGUAAUUAUCUUCAAAGCUCAAACUACAUUUUAAAACUUUACCUGAUUUUAAUGACUUUAUCAAACUUUAUGAAUCUUCUAAAAUUGGAUCAAAUGAUACUUGGAGUGUUAAUGAAGAGCUUUUCUUAUAACUUAUAGUUUUGAGUCUUAAUCCAAAAUGUAUAAAAGUAAUUCCAAUUAUUUUAUAAAUAGAAUCGAUUCGAUUGGGAGAAAGUACAAAAGCUGAUGCCGAAAUACAGGAGUCUAUCAGAAUUGUGCUUUAAAUUCUAAUCUUUCUAUAAAGCAUAACUUCCAAGAUAGCCCUGGUCUUGUUUCGAAGAUAAAGCUUUAUUAUAAAUCAUUUUGUAAUAUUUAACUAAUUUAUAUUAGAGAUAAUCCUAGUCGUUGUAAAAAGAAAUGGAGUGCAAUAUCUAAUUAAUACAAUCUCAUUUGCAAAUCUGAAAUAUAAAGAAAUGCAAAAUAAUGUCGUGAACGAUGGAAUAAUAAAUUAGAUCCACAAAUAAAUAGGUAAUUGUAUUUAUAAUAUAUUAUAAAGAGAACCAUGGUCAAAGUCUGAAGAGUUAAACUUUCUAUAAUUGCUACUUCAGAAUGGACGUAAAUGGGCUGAAAUAUCUAUAAAAUUAUCUAUGAUUACUAAAUAUAAAAGAAGAACUGAAUUUGCUUUAAAACACAAAUUCAAAUAACUUAAAAAAUAUUAUGGUAUCUAUUUUUAUAUAGUUUAUAAGGUUAGAAGGCUAAAAGAUUUAUUGAUGUCAAGAUUUGUCCAUAUUGGAACACUUUAGAAGCUGAUAUGAUUCGAUAUAAAAUUGAACUACUCUAAGAUAAAAGCAGAAAGUGUCAGACUCAAGAAUAUUCUUUUUGUGAAUUUUUGGGUUCUGAUCAUGAGUUUUGCUUAGUGAUCAUUAAAAAUGGAUGUUUGAUCAAAUUGUGA